GAGAGACAGAGAGUCGAUUUGGGGAUUUUAGUUUUUUUCGACAAAAGAAAAACCUUUUCUUUACCCAAAAAUGGAUCGAAUCACAGUCGGGGACGUGGCAUAAGACUCGGAUACAAACGAGUCUUGCCCAGCAUACAGAUCUGUCUUACAAGUUCAUUGUUUGGAUUUCAAUCCAUUAAAUUAUUGCCCGAAGGCCCGAUCGGUGGCCCGUUAAAGUUGCUCUAAGGGAGGAGAUUUUGGGCCCAACAUAUUUGGUAGCAUAUAUGAAACAUAAAUAAUGGCAACCAAGAAAUUUUCAUCUCUUAUAUUACCUUUAUUGAUGGUUCUUACUCUUGUUCUAUUGCCCAUCAUAUCAGGAAAACGUAGGCCAUGUCAGGAUUGGCGAUAUGGAUGCAGCAGCAGAGUUGCAUGUAAUGCAAAAUGCUUAUCUCUGGGUUACAAAGGAGGAGAUUGUGUAAUGUUUGCAUUUCCUGUGUGUUGUUGCAAAAUCAAUCAACAAUUGCAAGAUGAUUCGCCUACUUCUAGUCCUAACAUGACAGAUUGAUAUUUAAUUAGUUGUACUG